AGAGUACUAUUGUGAAAGUUUUUAUCCAAAUGAGACACAAGCAGAGUGACGUUCAUCGUUGCUUUAUUCUGUCUUGUAAACUUGUCAUGUUGGUCUGUAGCAUGCUGUCCUGCCUGACAGGGCAUGACAACAAAAUAUUUCGGCACAGUAAACCAGCUCUAAUCCUUAGCAACGAUAAACUCUGUAGGACAGACAUCAAUGAGUUCUGACACUUCAUGGGUGUGGAAAAUAAAACUAAGUCAGAAUGAUUCACAUGUGCUCCUGAUUAUACCUCCUCCACCCCAUUGUGGAAUGCUUAGCAGCCCACAGACAGAGAAACCUGUUGUGAACAAAAAAUACAGUUAUGUCUCCGUGUGUUCAAAGUUGGGAGUGGUAACUCAGGCACCUCCCUCACACCGCCAGUCUCACCUGAGCUGGCAGCUCUCUCGUAGUUGACUGGGAACCGACAUGCACUGACAUUGUCUGGAUCAGACACACCGUUCAGUGCCAGCUGAACAAACAGAGACCUUACAUGAAUGCAACUUCAAAGACCUCAAACUUUUGAGUGGAUGUGUUUUGUGACUGCAUAUCAGUCAGUAUAACGACAAGGCAGAAUGUAGCUCGACAGGACUAGCAAGCUAUGAGUGAACACUACAGAGAGAGCUACUAUGGGUCCUCACCCCCAGAUCUGAGGUUGAUUCUUUUGGGGAACAUUGGAUGUGGAAAGACGUCAUCAGCAGACACGAUCCUGGGCCAGCUAUCCGCAGUCACUCCUAAUGCCUCUAGGAGCUGCCAGCUACGACAGGGCUUCACUGAGAGCAGGAAUGUGACCCUGGUGGAAGCACCAAGAUGGUACUGGAAUGGUGGCAACAUGGAGGACAAUGUUAGAAAGGAGACAGAGCGGGCAAUGACUCUGGUAGCACCAGGUCCGCAUGCUAUUCUGCUGCUGGUACCUGUUAGCCAGUUCACAGAGAUGGAGGGGCGUGUCCCUGCAGAGUUGGCAGAGGUGUUUGGGGAGGAGGCACUGGAUCACACUCUGGUCCUGCUGACCUGUGGGGACUACUUGAUGGGCAGAACAGUGGAGGAAUACCUGCGAAAAGAACACCCAGGCCUGAGGCAGAUGAUCGAGUGUUGUGGGGGGAGGUACCAUGUCAUCAAUAAUCGUCAGCGGCAGGACAGGGAGCAGAUCCAGGAGCUGCUUAAUAAGGUGGACAACAUGGUGCAGAAAAACGGGGUUUACUACACAAAAGCAACCCAGGAGAGAGACCUGGAAAAACGGGUGAAAGAACGAAAACGAGAACUCAUGGAAAAUUAUAGAGCUCAAAAGGAGGAGAAAAGAAAGACUUUCAUAUCUACAAGCAUCCCAAACACAGAAACGCUCGAUAUGGACGAGGAGCACAUCAGCUACUUGGAGAGCAGGAGGAGAAGAGAUGAAAGAGAAGAAAUGGAGGGAAGAGUGAACGUCUCGAACGGGCUUUAUUCAACUCCAGCACUGGAGCAGCAGUCGUACUCGGAGUUGCGGGAUAGCAGGCAGACGAACAGGACGCCCAGUUUCAAACUGAAUGCAGAGGGAGCUAUACUCUCACAAAUUCACGAGGUUAAAUCAACUCCGAAAAAGAUCUCUACUUUUCACCACAGAAUCAACAGCUUUGAGGAGCGAUCACCUGAAGCAUCUCCUACUUCUCCUCAUUCGUCCAUCUUCUCCUCCUCUGCCGCCCACUCCUCUCCAACCUUUGCUGCCUCUCCUUCUGUGUUCUCCUCAUCAACCUCAUCUCCCUUGUCCUCUUCAUCUUCUCCGGAGCUUCGUCUGGUGUUGCUUGGGCGAUCUGGAUCAGGGAAGAGUGCAGCUGGCAACAACAUACUGGGGCAGGAGGAGUUUGAGUCGUAUCCAGACAGCCUCAAAGCCAUCACUCAGGAGUGCAUGAAAAAGAAGGCACUGGUUGAAGGAAGAAAGGUGGCAGUGGUGGAUACCCCCGACUGGUUCAGUUCAGAGUGCACUCCAGAGGAGGUGCGAGCUCAGAUCUCCUCUUGCGUUGCUUUGUCCAGUCCCGGCCCACACGCCUUCCUCAUGUGCGUCCCCAUAGACCAACCUGCAAAGACAGAGCUGCAGGCACUCAGAGCCCUGGAGGGUGUUUUUGGCCCAGAAGCAGUCCAGAAAUACACCAUGCUCCUCUUUACUUAUGCAGACCGACUGAAGGAAAGCGGGAAGGUGGGAAACGACAGCGUGGAGACAUACAUCGCCAGUCAGCGGGGGGAUUUGUUAAAGCUUGUAGAGAAAUGUGGGGACAGGUUUCAUGUGAUGGAAACCGGGAGACGUUGGAGGGAGAGGGGGAAUGUGGUGGAACUGCUAGAGAAGGUGGAACAGACGGUGAGGGAGGCUGGAGGACAUAGUUAUUCUUCUCCUGCUUUUCAGGAGGCAGAGAACAGAGUGAGGCAGAAACAGGUUGAGAUAGCAAGGGAGAGAAGAGGCAUAAAGAUGGAGCAAGAAAGAGCAGCUGUUGGACAGCUCAGCUCUGAAAGGCGGGUGCUCUAUUCCCACAUGCAGCCUGUGGCCGAAGCAAAAGAGGAAGUGAGAGAGGGUGAGAUUGAGAAAACAAGGGAUGAGGCAGAGAAUAGUGUCAAAACCAUGAAUAUUGAGAGCCUUCCUAAUGUUACGCUUUCUAGCAUAUCCCCUUCACUUCUUCAGUCCAUUAUGGAAAGAAUGGGGUCUAGUGCAAAGAUGGUACCCAGGCUGCUGGCAGAUGGCUCAGUGUGGGUUGGAGAGGGAGCAAAGAAGAUGAAAAAUAGUCCAGUGUGGGGCAGAGUCGGCAGUGGUGUUCAAGAUGUUCAGAAGAUGGUGGCUAAUAGUUCUGUGUGGGGGAAGGUGGGAGCCACUGCAGGACAAGUCUCCAAAGCAGUCGGUGACAGAGUUCCCAAGGUAGUGGUGGAUGGUUCUUCCUGGGUAGAAUCUGGAGUAAAAGCAGCGGCAGCGAGUCCAAUGUGGGAAAAGGUUGGUUCAGGGGCCAAAUCUGGGGCCAAACUAGUGGCAGACGGUUCCAAGCGUGUCGGAGCUGGGGUUGGAGCCGGGGCAAAGAAUUUGGCCCAGAGUCCUAUGUGGGGAAAAGUAGGUUCUGGGGCCAAAACUGGAGCUAAACUGGUGGCAGAAAAUUCAGUGAGAGUUGGAGCUGGAAUUGGUGCUGGUGCAAAGAAGGUGGCACAGAGUCCGGUGUGGGGAAAAGUGGGCUCUGGGGCAAAAGCCGGGGCCAAAAUAGUGGCUGAGAGUUCAGUGUGGGAGAAAAUUGGGACAACUGCUAAACAGGUGCCCAAAGUAGUGAUUGGGGGCGCACUGCUGGGUCUGGUGCUUGGCGUGUUUCUGGGGGGCGUGAUUGGCGGAGCUGUUGGGGCAGUGGCCGGAUCUGCAGUAACUGAGGUGGGCAGACAAAAAUUUGGCAACAAAGACACGUCAGAAAAGACCGAUGAAGCCGCACAAAAUGUUGACAGAGCAUUGAACAACAGUGUUGACGCAGUGGUCAAACAAGGAAAGAAAGUUUUGAAAACUGAAUGAAGGACUGAAUGGAGCCUGUAUUUAAGAAGUAUAACACGUAAAAACAUUUAUUUCUUGUGAAUUACUACUGUCUGGAUAUAAAUUCAAAAACAGCGGCAAACACUUUUAAAUCUUGGUGAUCUUUAAAACACAUGUGCUGCUUCUUUCAGAAUAAUUUGUUUCCUCCCACUUUUUGCAUGUGGCAUUUUAACAGUUGAUAAAUAAGGAUGAGUGUGACUUUUUUGAAAGGGUGACUAUUACCCACACAGAAUAAUGUUGAUAUUGGGUCUCUUCUAGCAAUAUUUACAAAAAUACAUUUCCACAUUUUGACAAAAUGAGUUAAAUAGAGCAAAUUCGAAGUAUUCAAAAGCUUGUCUUAUAUGCUGUUUGCAUUUGCAUGUCAAAUUCUGUAAGAAAAUAACAGAUUGCAAUGAUCAUUUUUAUUAGCCAUUGGUUUAUUUUUACUCUUCAUCUCUUAAUGUGAGCUGUAAAUUUAUUGAGAUCUCAUUCAGUAAGUUAUGCAUGUGCAGUUCAUCAAUCUCUUAACCUGUUCUCCUAAGACUGUAAUUUCUGAUGCUUUAUUAAAUAAUAUUCAUUUUAAAA